AUGGCCAUUUAUAUAUUCAACAAGUUCAAAGAUGACAAAGGUUAUUUCAAGCAAUCCAAUGAUGUUCGAGGCAUCCUAGGUCUCUAUGAAGCAGCCCAUCUAGCGGUGCAUGGAGAAGAUAUUCUUGACGAGGCCCUUGCUUUAACAACCAUCCACCUCAAGUCCAUGGCAACUAGUCCAGACUGUCCACUAGCAGCAAAAGUUUCUCAUGCCCUAAAGCAGCCCAUCAGAAGGGGCGUUCCAAGACUGGAGAGCAGGCGCUACAUUUCUAUCUAUCAGGACGAGCCGUCAUGUAACAAAACUUUACUAAGGCUUGCAAAGUUGAAUUUCAAUCUCGUGCAAGAAUUACAUAAAGAAGAGCUUGCAGAAAUUACAAGGUGGUGGAAGGGUUUGGACUUUGCUAGAAGGCUUCCUUUUGCAAGGGACAGGGUGGUCGAGUGCUUCUUUUGGAUAGUAGGUGUUUAUUUUGAGCCUCAGUACUCCCUCGCCAGGAAAAUACUUACCAAAGUAAUAGCCAUGACAUCGAUUAUUGAUGACAUCUAUGAUGUUUAUGGCACCCUUGAAGAGCUGAAACUUUUCACAGGAGCAAUUGACAGGUGGGAUACUAAAAGCUUGGACCAGCUUCCAGAUUACAUGAAAAUAUGUUAUGAGGCACUAUUGAAUGUUUAUAGUGAAAUUGAGGAAAAAGUGGCGAAGGAGGGAUGGUCCUGCAGAGUCCACUAUGGAAAAGCAGCAGUGGCUCUAGUAACGACUGGUUAUUGCAUGAUCGCAACCGUGUCUUUCAUUGGCAUGGCCGACAUGGUGACCGAGCAAGCAUUUGACUGGGUAUUCAAUCGCCCUAAACUUGUUAGAGCCUCAGAAACAAUUUGCAGACUCAUGGAUGAUUUAAAAUCACAUAAGUUUGAACAAGAGAGAGGACAUGCUGCCUCAGGAAUUGAAUGUUACAUAAGGCAAUAUGGUCUCUCGGAACAGGAAGUGUAUGAAGAGUUUCACAUGCAAGUCGUCAACGCUUGGAAGGAUAUAAAUGAAGAGUGUCUCAAACCUACCGCUGUGCCAAUGCCUCUGCUUGAGCGCAUUCUCAAUCUUUCGAGAGUCAUGGAUGUCAUUUACAAGGAGGAAGAUGGGUAUACCCAUGUUGGAAAAGUAAUGAAAAAUAAUGUUGCGUCAUUGCUUAUAGAUUCAGUGCCAACAUAACUGCUAGGUUGCGGUUACAAUGGAAACAAAUGCCUGCCGGUUAUAGCCCCAUGCUAAUGAGGAGCAAAGGAGACUUUCUACUACAAUAAGGAUGCUUAUUUU